GCAUCGGCAUCGGUGCCGUCGAGUGAAGCAUACUGUCGUUCGCAAGGCCACCACGUUGAUCACCACGUGCUCGCGUGUUUUCCAGUGAUUAUGUCUGUGGGACACACCAUCAAACGGCGAGACGAUGAAGAGGAGAGUGAGUCACCGCCACCGCCGGACGGGGGAUGGGGUUGGAUGAUAGUCUUCGGGUCCUUCAUGAUACACGUUAUAACGGAUGGAGUAACGUAUUCUUUUGGAAUUUUCUACGAUGAAUUUCUGGAUUAUUUUAAAGAAGGAAAAGCACUAACAUCGUGGAUCUUAUCAAUUUUAGUGGGAGUUACAUUAUGUUCAGGGCCAAUAUCAAGUUCGUUCGUGAACAGGUGGGGUUGCAGACCAGUCACCAUCGUGGGGGCUCUGAUAGCAUCAGGAUGCCUUGUGCUAUCGUUCUGGGCGCAGAACGUCCUGACAUUAUGCUUCACCAUAGGAAUCGGCGCCGGAAUAGGUUUCGGCUUAAUUUACCUCCCAGCAAUUGUAAGCGUCACAACUUAUUUCGAAAAGAAGCGAUCACUCGCCACGGGAAUAGCCGUUUGCGGAUCAGGGUUCGGCACCUUUCUGUUUGCUCCAAUCAUAUCGAAACUUUUAACGGAAUACGGAUGGAGAGGUUCCAUACUAAUAAUAGCAGGGAUUGUUCUGGAAUGCAUUAUAUUCGGAGCACUGUUUCGGCCGCUGGAAGGCAAACGCGAUGUGGAAGAAGGAAAAAGGCUGAAAGCCGCCGAGGCAAACAUUGACAUACAUGUGUCGAAUCACGAUUUACAUCAGUUCACCACCGGUCUCCUGUCAAACGGAAACAACAUGCACCGACCACACAGCAUGGGACACUUUUCCAUACCAAGAGUGCUUAAAUACGAACCAAACGGCAAUAUACCUAGCGAAAAGCAGAAAGGUAACGAUAUAGCCCGACUAGCUUUGAGUCAACCAAUGUUAACACAGUCAGAACCUCAUUAUAAACAUAUCCAUCACUACGGUAGCCAAAAUUUACGAAGACAUGGUCCGCUUGAUAGGCCGGACGUGUUUUAUCAAGGAAGUCUAAUGAACAUACCCUCGUACAGAUCUAAGCUGGACUUGAAAAGGGGCGAGGAGGGGUCGGAUAUCGAACGACGACAUUCCACUUUCAGUUAUAAAAGGCGACACCAUCCCGAGUCUGAACCAGAAGAGACCACCGUAUGUGGAGUCGUUCCCUGUUCACAAGAGACCAAGGAUACGCUUAAAGAGAUGCUCGAUUUGUCAUUAUUCAAAGACGUUAUUUUUAUAAUAUUCUCUUUAAGUAACUUAUUAACUAGUAUCGGAUUCAAUAUCCCUUACGUAUAUAUAGUGCCCAAGGCAAAACUUCUAGGGAUGAACAUCGAUAGAGCUGGUAUGCUCAUUUCCAUUAUUGGAGGUGCAAACACAAUAGGAAGGAUAGUUCUCGGUUAUGUGUCUGAUAAGCCUUGGAUAAACAGACUGUAUAUAUACAACUGGUCUCUAACCAUUUGUGGGAUAGCUACAUUUCUUAGUGCCUUUUGUAAUAGUUUCUAUUCUUUGGCCAUCUAUAGUACCGUGUUUGGAUUCACUAUUGGGGCCUAUGUUGGACUCACGUCUGUCAUACUUGUGGAUUUAUUAGGGCUAGAAAAAUUAACAAAUGCGUUCGGACUUUUACUCCUGUUUCAAGGAAUAGCGUCACUUGUAGGACCACCAAUUGCAGGUAGUCUAUUCGAUGCAACAAAAUCCUACAACCCGGGAUUCUGUCUAGCUGGCGUUGCCAUCUGCCUCAGUGGUGUAAUCCUGUUCGCCAUCCCACCUAUCCAAAGAUGGCAGGCGAAAAAAUCUCAGAGAAAGAGAACUGCUGACAUAUAGCAAUUACUCAUCCCUAGCGGGAGCAACGUUAGGAACUAUUCUAGUGUAUAAAAAUUUAAAAUCAUUACAUAUCAGUCUCUCAGUUAGGCUGGAAAGUAGUGUGCCAUACUACAAAUAUGUUUUAUAUCUGCAAUGCAGAUCGAGAAAGUCGAUAAUUGUGAUUUCUGUUUUAAUUUUAUUAGGAAUGAAUGCUAUCUGAAUGUAUGUUGGUUGACAUUUGUAUGGUCUUGAGUCUUAUACAGUAUGUUCCAAUGGAAACCUGAGUUUGUAUAGAAUAAGCGUUCCAAAAAUCGCCGAAAAGGUAAGCUAUAUCUGGAAAACUAAUCAACAGAAAAAAAAACAAGAUUGUACAGAGAAAUAAAAAAAUAUUAUUUGAAUAUCUUUCAAUUUCAAAUUUUCGAAAAAAUUACCUGCUUUGGCGAUUAUUUAAAAACUGUUUCAAUAAUGUGACAGGGAACAACAGGUUUUCGUUGGAACCAUUGUAUGGCGUGUUGUAUUUAUAAAUAGUUUAAGAAACGUUUUCUAUGACCAAUGUAGAAAAAUAACGUUUGAAAUAUUUCUACCAUCUUGUAUACUGUACACAUUCAGUAGACAUUUCCAAAACGACUGACAUGUAAUUCGUUAUAUUGUAACAACGCACGUAAAGUCUUCACAUUUACAUUAAGCAAUAAUUUAUAAUUUUACAACAUUUUAUCUACAAAAGAUUCCGAAUUUUUUAAAUAUGCUAGCUGGAGCUUCCCUGGUUUAUCGAAGAAUUUACUAUUAUUACAUAUACCUAUAUUACAAAUAUAAAUAAAGUUAUAUUGUAAUAAUAUUUUCAUACAUAUUUUCAUUAAUAAUUUUAAAUUUGUCUCUGUUUAAAUUAUAAAUUAAUACUGUAUUAAAUAUAUGACUACUUUUCUA